AUGAAGAGACUAUCAGAUUUCUCUGGAAAAUUGUCUCGAGUAGUUACUCAAAUUAGAAAUUUGAAAGAAAAGAUAGAAGAAAGCAUUGUUGUCGCAAAACUUCUCAGAGAAAUUCCUGCAAAGUUUGACUCCAUCACUACCUCUCUUGAACAAUUUGGUGAUAUAGAUUCAAUGCCUUUUGAAGAAGUAGUGGGAUCACUAAAAAUCUACAAAGAGAAGCUAAAGACUCGUGAGUAG